AUGGAGAAUCACGUUAAAAAUUUGCAAGAACUGAUUUUAAAAGAAUUUACAUUUAUAAAAUUUUUCAAGAAAAUUGGAUAUCAAUUUUCUCAAAAGGCCCAAGCAAGAGACAGUUUGCGUGAGGCAUUAAAAGUUCUUGCCUCAGAGGAGGACGAGUAUUCGCAGAAGGCUAUAAGCUUACUAGACGUCUUUGAUGAACAAAUGAACUCCUGUGCUGUCGAGAAAUAUUGGAAUGGCCUUAAAGUACAAAAUGAACGAGAUAAAACUCGCACUGAACAACUAGUUUUAGAAGAAAAAAAGGAACAACAUUCUUGUCUCAUUGAUUCUAACGUAAUAAUUGAGCAUAACCGAUCAAGUAAUAGACUAACGUUAGAAUCGUCGAUUGAUGUGGUUGUUUGA